UUAACUUGGAUGUUAUUUAGAGAGGGAAACGGCGGUGACCCAGGUACUGUAUAGAGGAAAACUUGGGUAUUCCGACCCUGUUUGCUUCCCGCCACGGCCAUAAGGCUUGCUCCUGAAUCCCGAUUGCCUAGAGAGAGAAAGUACGGCGAUCUACAUUUUUGAGAGAGAAGUUAGAGAAGGAAAAUACAGAGACGCAGGCACCUUAGAGAGAGAAGGAUGAGUUUCCUCCUCAAUACCUUAUCGAAGAAGCGCAAAGUGGACUCCAUCAUCAGAGAUACCCUCGACAAAGUUCUUGUCCUUCGAUUCGGAAGGCCAUCUGAUCCUGCUUGCCUCCAACUUGAUAACAUACUUGCUAAAUCAGCGAGGGAAGUUUUGAAGUUUGCAACCAUUGCUCUAGUAGAUAUAGAUUCAGAUGAUAUCCAAGUUUAUGUCAAGUAUUUUGAUAUCACAUUGGUACCAUCUACUGUAUUUUUCUUCAAUGCUCAUCACAUGAAGAUGGAUUCAGGGACUGCUGAUCAUACCAAGUGGAUUGGCACUUUUAAUGAGAAGCAAGAUUUCAUUGACGUUGUGGAGGCAAUUUACAGAGGGGCCAUGAAGGGGAAACAAAUUGUGAAUUGCCCUUUACCUCCUGAGAAGAUACCCAAGUUUCAAUUGUUUUUCAAAGACUUGUAAAGGAGCGGAGUGGGGCAGUUUGGAUUGAUGAUUCCUUUGUAUUUGUACAGGUAUGUACCUCUUUGAGUUCUGAAAUAAAUCUAGAUACUGCAUUAUACUAAUGAAUUGAUGGCAUGUGAAUUUAUUUAGAUUUCUACUUGUUGGGGAAAAAUUGCCUUGUUUACUUUUUUUCUUUAUUUCUUUUCUAUGUUUUUGAUGCAGAAUGUUAGAGAGAAGUAGGCUCAUGGGGCCAGAAUUUUUAAUUCAAAUUUGGUGCAUAUGUAUGCUAGCUAUUGGCAUAUGUGUGUCUGAACUUUGAAUGGGGAAACAACUAAAAAGGAGAAACUUAUGAAGAGUGAUCCUGAAAACAAUUGGAUAGAUAUAUAUAGAAAUCAAUAUAAUUGCUAGUUAUCCUAAAUCGUGUUUAGAAGCAUCAUAAAUAGUGGGCUGCCAAAACAUUUGGCGGCUGCCUCUCUCUUUCUCUCUCUUCCCCCAACUAAAACGCAGUAGGGCUAAAUAAAGAGAUAGAUACUAGCUUAAAAGGAUGCUCAAACAAUUAUCCAAUAAACAAGUGGCUAUAGCUAGUGCUUGAGAAGUAUAUACUACCACAAAAUAUGCUUAAAAACACGAUGUCCAAUAAAAAAGCAGCUAGACUUAAAUUAAGAAGAGUAUAAGCUGAAGUUUCAAAAAAAGAGCGAGAUGGAUAUGCUAUAUAGAAAGAAAAGAAAAGAAAAGAAAACCUUAAAAUGCUUAAAAGAAAAAAAGAAAAAAGAAAAAAGAAAACUAAUAAAACUAUGUCCUAUAAAGCAGCAGCUAGAGUCAAAUUUAGGUAUGCACAUAAAAAAAAAAAAAAUGCCUACAAACAAAAUGUCUAAUAAAAAUGUAGUCAGAGUUAGAUCUAGAAAUCACAUCCAAUUCCAUACCCUGCAAUAGCAUGGAUGUUUCCUUCAAAUGAAAAAAGAUAGCCAAUAAAAGAUUUUGAGUCGGCUUCAACCCAUAUUCCUAAUGCUUUCAAUUCCAAAGGCAUGGGGGAGACCAUAAAUAAGCCACCCUAAUUCUUCUUCAAAGCAGGUCGCGUCACCAAAACCACAAAAGGAAUCUCUCAGGAUAUGGCCAUCAUGGCCAUGAAUAACAACACCCUCACCCCUUGCUUGUCCAGGAUUGCCUCUAGAAGCACCUUCCAAAUUAGUUUUGGUUCUUGGAGGGUGAACAAACAACUAGACUAAUACAUUGAGCUAUCCUCAAGUGCGAAUACAAAUCCCAACCAUAAGGAAUAGAACUCAAGGCCAUCUUUUUGGGAUAAGGCCUGCAAACCGUUGAACAUCUAAAGUUUGAGACUUGUGUUAUGUUUCCAGACUCCUAUGACAGUGGCUGCAUGUGGAAACCUUGUGCUAGGGCUUGUAGACCACUAUCACAGUGUGUAUUAUUUAGCUGCUCUCCUAUCCCAUGGACCAUAAUCUUAUAGUAAUAUAUAUUGGGGUGGGUGAUGACUACAUUGUCAAAUAUAAAAUUACAAGCCGAGUUGUUUGUAGUGAGUAUAUCGACAUUAAAUAGGAGGUUAGGGAGGCAGAGUCUGGCGGGGAGAGCGAGGAGGUCUACAAAUGGGAGUGGGUUUGGGUGACAUGGUAUUGGAGAAGCAUAAGGUUGAGAUGGCUGAUGUCUUUGGGAUGGAUUAAGGGGAAGAGGGUGGGCUUGAUGGGGAUAAGGAGAUGGUGGUGGGUGGUGGGAGGUACUAGGCGUGGUUGUGGUCGGUCCAAUAAUUGAUAACGUGAGUACUGAUUAUGUUUUCAGUUAUGUUGUGGAGUUGAGGGCUGAAAGCACGGAUUAUGGUUUCAAUUAUGUCAGAAAGUUGAGGGCCAAGAGCACUAUCGAUUAGGGGUUUUCUCACGUUGUGGAGUUGAGGGCCAAGAGCGCUAUCGAUUAGGGGUUUUUCACGUUGUGGAGUUGAGGGCCAAGAGCGCUAUCAAUUAGGGGUUUUUUCACAUUGUGUAGUUGAGGGCCAAGAGCGCUAUCGAUUAGGGCUUUUUUUACAUUGUGGAGUUGAGGGCAUAGAUCUAUCUUGGUGAAGGGGAGGUGGCUGAGGUGGUGGGAUUUAAGGAGGGGAAGAAGAGGAAGAGGAGGGGGGGGCAUGCCCUUGGUCAUGGUGGUGGGAUUAGUAUAUUCCAAGCAAAGCUUGUGUGUGUGUGCAUGCGUGCGCGCGCGUGCGUGCAUGUGUGUGUGCGUGCACGUGUGUGUUAUGCACGUGCGAUGCAUGUAAUCUGAUAUAGUUAUGAUUGAAUAAAAUUUCAUUAUUAAAAUAAUAUAUUUAAAAGGCAUCAUUUAGUAAUUGAGGGAGAGAGUGUGAAUUUGAUGAAUCCAAAUCUACAAUUUUGCUUCUUUCGAUACUAAUUAGAGCAAACAUAUUCAAACAUAAAUAAAUUUUGUCCAUAUUCCAAAAAAUUAUAAUUGAUCACAGUUAAGUAAAAAUGAGUUAAAUUAAAACUGUAGGGAAAUAAAUUCAUCAUCACUCUUAACUUUAAAUGUGAGCAUUAAAAGUAAAACAUAGAAGGAUUUUUUUUUUUGUAUUUACUGAUGUAAAUAUUACUUUUUUUCUUUUUUAUAGUAAUAUAUAAAAUGUCCAUGUAGCAAAUCAAUUCCUAAAGACCUCUUGGACAGUGUCUUGCGUGCUUUUGAUAUGAGAGACAAUGCGAUACUUUGUGUCUUAUGUGAAGUGGAAUUGAAUGGUAUUUGUAAGUUGAUCUUGAAGUUUAUAUUU